AUGGCAGCGUGGAUGCUGGAGCAAUUGUGCCCACCAUGCUUCACAGGUGCCCUUCGCCUUGCACAGGCACGCUCGCCUUGCUCAAGCAGCGGGCCUCUGGCGAACGCACGUCUCAGCAGCGAACCUCCAGGGAAGGAAUAUCUGAGCAGCGAUCCAGUAGCGCCAGACCGACCAGACAUGCAGCAGUGUGCUCCGGAAGUGCGGCACGAGCCAUCCGAAGCUGCUUUCCAACCACGGUCAGAGGAGGAAGUCAAAUGCAGUGUUGAUGAAUGGAUGCCACGUAUGCAUUCUCGUGGGCACAUCUUCUUCCAAGACGAGAAGAAGUUGCGGUCCAUCCUGGAGACCGUGGCACGAAGUACAGACAAGACUUCGGACCCUAUACUCCAGCAAACGUGCUGCCUUUGGCAUGGCGACGUCAAGGCCGCCAAGGACACGAAGCAUGCGGCCAUUCAGCUGACCGGGCCAGGCGAGGAAGCAGCGCCAUGCGUAACAUAUGCAUCCCGGGUCUUAAUCUUCCUCUUUUCCACUGAUGACCAGCUGGAAAGGUGGAUGCGACUGCCGAAACAGCCGCUUAAGAUGCGCUGCAAUAACCAGCUCUGUGUGUCCCUUGCCUGUAUUGCAGAGGAGUGCGAUCCGACAUGA